GCUGGAACCUAAUUUGACGGCUGAACCCAAUAGCUUUCCCUCAAUUGCGCGUGUGCCACCACCAAAGAAAGCCUCGCGCGCGGCAUUGUUAAAGAACUCCUUCAUCGUCUCUGAAGAAAGCCCUUUGCUUCCCAUCGUUCUCCAAAGCCCUUUUGUUUUUCAGAUUCUGAUUCUGCAAGAACGUUAAUCGUAAGCACCCAGAAUCUUCUCAGUUCGUGAAAAGCAUCAUCAUCGAAAACCCUAACUCCGGCAGGGUUUCAUAGUGAUAAUUUAAUAAAGGUUGCAGUUUUGCAACUUCUCACGAUGGCAAAGAGAUCCCAAUCCUCAUGAUUUGAUAACAUUACCUUUACUUGUGGGUGCAGUUCUUGUAAAUCCUUUUUCUCCCAGCAACUGGCCAUUUUUAAGGAAGCAAAACUUGCUAGGUAAUCUGUUUGUUUGACAUAAAUGUAAAAAGCAAAAUGUUUAACUUAAAAUAUAAUAUGCCUUUUAAUUUUGUAGUAUGUCGAUUUUUAAACUGGUGUGAUAUUUAGCAAUUGGUUGCUAUAUUAAGGAUAUUUAUAACUACUUUCCAGGCAUGUUACAUGUAUAAACGUAUGGGAUUUGUAUUAUUUAAUACACGCAGCUUUCUAUUCGUUUUAUCUGAUUAUCUCCUUAUAUGUCAAAAUAUUUGUGGCACUAAAACUUACAAAGCAAGUAUACAUUCAUAUGAUUCUUUUAUGAUAUUGAAGAUGUUUAUGCUUAUGAGACAAAGAAUCUACUGAUAUUGUCACAGCAAGCUCUCAAGUAAGUUUACCUUCAAGGGUCCUUUUAAAGAUUGCCUAGUUUCAUGGACUAAUUGGCUUAUGUAUGUUAUUUUGUGUCAUGCUCUUGUAGAACCACGUACUUCCUUGAAUCUUGCAACUUGUAACUUUGAUUUGUUUUAAUUGGGUUCCAUUUUUCUCUCCCAUUUUUCUAAAUUAGUACUGUUAGUAUUUUCUUGAUGAUGUUUGCUCAAUGGCUUGAACAAGAGAGUAAUGUAGUUGCUUUUUUUCCCCUGAUAUUCAUAUAAUGGAUUCAUUGAUCUUCUCUAUAAUGAUUUGGCUGCAGAUUCUUAAUUUAGAUGUUUGGAAAAUAUGUAUAUUAAUCUAAGUAACAUACAUAAAUGUAUAUUAAUAAAAUAUGUAUUAAAUACAAGUUUAUAUUAUCUAGAUAAAUCUUUGAUUAUAAUUAAAAAACAAGACCAAUAAUAUCUUAAGAAAUGUAUAUAAGUUUUAUCUUAGUUAAAAAUUAAAAGCUAAAAUAAACUAACAAAAUAACUCAAAAAUGUAAACAUUUAAAGUGAUAUAUUUAUAUGACUUUUAUAUUGUGUUUGAUUGGAACAAAAUAAAAGUGAUAAAAUGAUUUUUAUAGUUUCAUUAGAUUUUUAGGAAGGGAGGAAAAUAGAUGGAAAUAAAAUUAUUUUUCAUCUAAUUUUAACUUUCAUCUAAUAUUAUCGAAAUUUGAAGUGAAAGAGUCUUAAGAAAUUUUUAAUAUAAUUUUUAAAUUAUUUUUAUUUAUAUUUUUAAAUUAAAUUUAUAAAGAUAUAAAAUAGGAACGGGCCGUUAUGGAUUUGGAACGGUCCGUUCUGCACUACAUGGAAUCUGAUGCUCCCACUAUAAAUACACCCUCUACCCUUCAUUCUCUUCAUUCAGCUUCAACACUGCACCGAUUGACCCUGAGAAUGGAAUACGUUAGCCCAGAAGGACUUCGCUUGGAUGGUCGCCGACCCAUGGAGAUGCGACAAAUCCGUGCAGAGAUUGGUGCCGUAUCCAAAGCAGAUGGUUCUGCCAUUUUUGAGAUGGGUAAUACAAAAGUUAUUGCUGCUGUUUAUGGCCCUAGAGAGGUGCAAAAUAGGAGCCAACAAAUUAGUAGCCAUGCUCUGGUUCGGUGUGAGUACAGCAUGGCUAAUUUUAGCUCUGGAGAUCGCAUGAGGAAACCUAAGGGUGACAGGAGAUCAACUGAAAUUUCUCUGGUUAUUCGCCAAACCAUGGAAGCGUGUAUAUUGACACAUUUAUUGCCGCGUUCCCAGAUAGAUAUUUAUGUUCAAGUUCUCCAAGCAGAUGGAGGAACUAGAUCUGCUUGUAUAAAUGCUGCAACUUUGGCCCUUGCCGAUGCUGGGAUCCCUAUGCGUGAUCUUGUAACUUCCUGUAGUGCUGGAUACCUUAAUAGCACCCCUCUGCUCGAUAUAUAUAUCUUUUACUUGAAACUUUAACUGGCUAAAUCCAAGGGUGAUUUGAACUUCAUAGAAGAUAGUGCUGGAGGUCCUGAUGUAACUCUAGGAAUUCUGCCGAAGCUGGAUAAAGUGACACUUCUCCAGAUGGAUUCUAAACUACCAAUUGACCUUUUGGAAAAUGUAAUGCAACUGGCAAUUGAAGGCUGCAAAGCAAUAGCAAACUACAUUAGAGAAAUUUUACUGGAGAACACAAAUCAACUCGAGUAUCGACGAGGUGUAUAGUUUUGUAGCAAAAGUAUUGUUUCUUAUUUGCUUCCAUUUAAUGCUUUCUAUUUAUUUCCUAUUUUACUGGAAACAUUUAUUUUGGUAUACGGUGCUGACUAAAACGUAAAUUGUAGUCUGUAGGAUUGGUUUCUCAUUUCUUCCAACUUGCCUUGUCGACUGAAGUAGCAAAUUUAUAAAUUAUUUUGAGUUCA